AUGGCUCCAACCGACUAUGGUCCGACCAUCGAGGUGACGGCCUUUACCCUCACCAGUCUCUCCACCGCCAUCGUUUCCCUGAGGCUAUACUGCAACGUUCAUCUGUUGAAGAGGGCUGGUCUCUCCGAUGUCUUCAUGGGCAUUGCAAUGAUCAUGACCUGGGCCAUAGCCGUCAUCAACUACUUUCAAGUCAAGUAUGGUUCAGGGAAACAUUACUAUAACCUAUCAUCGUCGACGCACGCUCUCGAAGGCACUUUGAAGUCAUGGUAUUCUUUCCAAAUCGCCUAUCUCGUCGACCUCCUCUUCGUGAAGCUUUCAAUCUUGUGCUUCUACUGCGCAAUCUGCGACCAAAAAUGGUUUCGCACCGUCAUUUACUCCAUGAUGGGCAUAGUUGGAAGCUUCACUAUCGCUAUGACCUUCGUCAACGCAUUCGAAUGCCCUAAUCCCUCGGAUGCCUUUACCGUUGAGAUUAUCAUGGCCGGCCUCGGAUCCUGCAGGGACCUGCAUUCCAUGUACUUUGCGCAGGCAGGCUUCAACAUAGCAAGCGACCUAGUCAUCAUGUUGAUACCGGUCCCCUUGCUUGCGCGUCUGCAGAUGCCUAGAUCGAGGCGAAUUGCGCUGUUCGGCAUUUUCAGCGUCGGCUUCGUCGCAGUGCUGGCAUCCAUCCUACGGCUGUGGACCCUGUCGAUUUGGGCCAAGUCGACGGAUGUUCCGUAUUCCGGCGGUCCCAUCCUCAUAUGGACCCAGAUCGAAUUGAACGCAGCAAUCAUCUCCGCCUCGUUUCCUGCGAUGAAGGCCCUUUUCGCGCAUACCUUCUCCGACCAUCCAACGACUCGAAGGUCCUCCAGCGGUGCGCGCUAUUUCAAGUAUAGCUACGGGGCAAACUCUGCAGACAAGACUAAGGGUGUGAACGCAAAGGACAGCAUCAUCAGCUUGAAAACACUCCCAUUCAUGAAGAGUGCCACAGGCGAACCUCGGACAUCAAAGACAAUGACCAGAGGCGGCAAUGCAACGCGAAGCUUCGAAUCCGGACGCAGCGACGAAGAAAUGUUUUUCGACGAGCCGGUCGGCCAUGAGGCUGUUGUUGAGAGCGGAAAGAACUCAUCGGACGGCAGCGGAGAUAGGGCUACUGGACUGCAACAGCCCCAACCCACGUUCGCGACACACCAGGGCAUCAUGAAAAGCUUGACAGUGGAGCAAACGACAGAAAAUUCUACGGGCCGUCCGCAAUAUUACAGAUCCCAUUAUCUCCGCUAA